AUGCAGCAAGACGGUUUAGCAAGUUCUGAGUUAAAUGUCUAUGGACUUUAUGCUUAUGACACAGUUUGGGUUGUUGCACAUUCGAUUGAAAAUUUUAUGAAUGAAAACAGAAAUAUCUCAUUCUCUGUCCUUGAUAAAUUACUUGACAUGAGACCAUCUCAAAUUCAGCUGGGCAAGCUUAAAGUCUUUGAUGGUGGAUCUCUUCUUCGUGAGAAUUGGGAGAUUGCAGAUAAUGAAAAAUCAUUGAGAAUUGGAGUUCCAAAAAGAGUAAGCUUUGUUGAUUUUGUUACAGAACGGAACAACAGCCAUAAAAUCGAAGGAUACUGCAUUGAUGUGUUUAAUGAAGCACUGAAGUUAGUCCCGUAUGAUGUUCCUUACAGAGUUGAACCUUUUGGUGAUGGCCAGUCCAAUCCCAGUUAUGAUGAGCUUGUGAAGAUGGUUGCAGAAAACGUGUUUGAUGCAGCUGUUGGGGACAUUGCAAUUGUGAAAAACCGGACAAUGAUUGUGGAUUUUUCUCAGCCCUAUGUUAUCACCGGGCUAGUGAUAGUGUUAAGGGCAUAA